AUGAAGCAGAUACUCGGAUCCAACGCUAUUGUGGAGCCAACGGGCGAUUUCAAAACUAUGGCGGACGGGCUGUUCGACCACUUCGAUCUUGACUUACCGAUACACCUUGUCAGGGGAAGAGACUAUCUCGAAAGACAAGAGUUCGCCCUACUAGCUGAACGUAAAACUGGAUCACGACCUAGACUAGUGAACGUGUCGGACCUACAAUUGAAGGUCGACGCCUCUUCUUCCACUGGUCUUGCUCUCUAUUGCAAGAAGCCAGGAGCUGAAGAUGAACAGGCCCUGGAGAAAGUUUAUCAGGUAGCCCUUGCGCUAUUUCCUGAGGAAUACAGUCUUCUUUCACUAGAUAUGCUUCGUCAUCUGGCGAGGAUAUCAGUCAAUGAUUUCCGUACGAACCUGUUAGUCAAUGACCAGAGAUUCCUGGGCAUUAUUUUGCAGGAAUUGGACGAUCUCGUUAAGAAACACAAAGUUCUCACUCCCGACCAAGCCAGAAUUCUCCAGGAAGGAAUCGUGCCAACGAUAUUGCCCGGAUCUCCGGAAUUGAAGAAGAUCUUCUUUAACCAAGGCAAUCCGAAGGUUACACUGAAGGACGAUUUCAUGCUCAAGGCAGCUCGUGCUAGCCGAGGCAAUGGUCAUUUAAUCGGAGAGGAGCUUUCUACAGAAGAAUGGGAGGCAGCCUUGCGUGGAAUGCAGUCUCCAAACAUCCAUACCAACCAAACAUCAUAUGUACUUCAGCCAUAUGUGCGACAGCCCAAGUUUAAUAUUCUGGCAGACCGGAACAGAACAGUGCGCCAAAGUCAGGUGGUUGGCACUUAUUAUGCUGUGAAUGGUCGCUUUGUUGGGCUGGGACCUUGGCGCACGGGGAAUGGAAAGAUCUGUAAUGUUUACGGCGGAGGAUGUGUCCUCGUAAACUCAAUUGCAUCGGUAUAG